AUGUCUGUAUCAGCUACAAUCUUCUUGAACUGUUAUGCACGAAUUAUUCAAAAGCUUGGGUUUCCUGCCAAAUUCAAGGAUUUCAAGAUUCAGAACAUAGUUGGUUCCUGUGACGUAAAAUUUCCCAUCAGACUUGAAGGUCUUGCAUAUUCCCAUGGUGCCUUUUCAAGUUAUGAACCAGAACUAUUUCCAGGCUUAAUAUAUCGUAUGAAGCAACCAAAGAUUGUGCUACUCAUCUUUGUUUCUGGAAAGAUUGUCCUUACGGGAGCCAAGGUGAGGGAUGAGACAUAUACAGCCUUCGAGAACAUAUACCCUGUCCUUACUGAGUUCAGGAAGAAUCAACAAUGACUGUGUUUGAGGAAGGCAUGAGCUCAAUGGUGUUCGAGUGCAAAUCACUGUUACUUUCACUGGGGCUCUUGUUGAAGGUGGUGCUCAACUGUGAAUAUGUGAAGACGGAUAUGCGGGUGAUUGUAGUUGUGGGUCUGACAAGUUAAACCUUUGGGUUCUUAAAGAUUCUCUCUUCCAGAGUUUUGGGUGUUGGUUGUCCCACGAUGACCCUCUCAAACUUGUGUCAAUUAAAAUAUUUGAUGGAUGAGAAGAAGGGACUGGAGAAUAGUUUCUUUGUUUUGUUUGGUUCUUUUUUAUGGGCUCCUCUUAAUCAAUAAGAAUUCUGGUUUUUUUUUUCUUUUUUUCUUUUCCUAAUACUUUUAUUGUGGUAUAACUGUGACUCUUUUAGUCUAAAAUUUUGGCUGUAAAGGAAUACUAAUUGUGGUAGUGUGGAUUAUUUGAUAAUUCUAGUGGUGGGAAUAUUAUGGUUGCUGAUGA